CGAUCUUCAACCUCAAGUGAUACCCUUGACUUCGUUAUCAAAAACAAGACUCGUUAUAACGCUUUUUUUAAAACCGAACUUGAUUCCUUACUCAUUUCUCUUGGUAUUGAGACACUCAUAAUCGCUGGUGCAGAGACAAAUUUAUGUUGUGAAGCAACUGCAAGAAGUGGUUUUGACCAUGAUUAUAAUAUUAUUUUCCUUAAAGAUGCAACUGCCACUGAGAACGAUGAGAUGCACAAGGCAACUUUGCGCAAUUUAAAAUAUGGAGUGGCCAAAAUCUCUACUGUUACUGAG